GAAAACCCUUCUUCUACUGCUCUUACAGAGAGAGACGCAGAGCGAGAGAGGGAGAGAGGCGGAGCUUCAAAGAUGGUUACUUUCAGGUUUCACCAAUAUCAAGUCGUUGGGAGGGCUCUGCCAACUGAAUCUGAUGAACACCCGAAGAUUUACCGGAUGAAGCUCUGGGCCACGAACGAGGUUCGCGCCAAGUCCAAGUUUUGGUAUUUUCUGAGGAAGCUGAAGAAGGUCAAAAAGAGCAAUGGUCAAGUGCUUGCCAUUAAUGAGAUUUUUGAGAAAAACCCUACCAAGAUCAAGAACUAUGGUAUUUGGUUGAGGUAUCAAAGCCGAACUGGUUAUCACAACAUGUACAAGGAGUACCGUGAUACGACUUUAAAUGGGGCUGUCGAGCAGAUGUACACUGAGAUGGCAUCUCGACACAGAGUCAGGUUUCCGUGCAUUCAAAUUAUCAAGACUGCCACCAUCCCCGCAAAGCUUUGCAAGAGGGAGAGCACUAAGCAGUUCCACAACUCCAAAAUCAAAUUCCCAUUGGUGUUCAAGAAGGUUAGGCCACCAAGCAGGAAGCUGAAGACCACUUACAAAGCAACGAGACCCAAUUUGUUUAUGUAACUUUGCCAUUUGAGGAAUGAACUCCGAAGUGUUAAAGACAGGUCAAUUUUUGAAUCAUUUUAGUAGAGACCUUCCUAUCUGUGAUCGUUAUUUCAUUUUGAGAAUCUUAGCAAACCAAAGAGUUGGAGUUUAUUAUAUUUGUGGUUUUGAAUA